AUGGUAGCAGAGGUGAAUAAUGCUAUCCCUAUGGAGCAAAUAAAUAUUAUGGGGAAUUUUAAUAGGCAAGCCAACAACCCUUUCUCCAACACUUACAACCCAGGGUGGAGGAAUCACCCUAAUUUUUUGUGGAGAAAUAAUCAGAGCCCUCGACAACAAUUUCAGCAGCUCGUGUCUCAAGCUCCACUUCAAGAAAUGUCACAACCACCGAUUUCUCAAGAGAAGACUAAUGAAUUACAAGCAGCAUUGUUGACUUUAACUAAUACUCAAAAUCAGUUCAUGACUGAAACUAGAGCAUUCAUCAUAAAUUUGGAGAGUCAAGUGGAUCAAUUGGCAAUGGUUGAUGAGAAAAAGGAUAAGGUGAAAGAAGAAGUCAAUGAGAAUUUUGAGAAGAAGCAGCCACCAGUGAGUUUUGAGCAUCACAUCAAGAUCCCAUAUCCUCAGAGGCUGCAAAAGAACAAGCUUGACAAGCAGCUUUCCAAGUUUUUAGAUGUUUUUCGAAAGCUUCACAUCAACAUUCCUUUCGCUGAGGCACUUGAACAAAUGCAGAGUUAUGUGAAGUUUAUGAAGGAAAUUUCAUCAAAGAAAAGGAAAUUGGAGGACUAUGAGAUAGUGGCAAUUACUGAGGAGUGCAGCGUAAUACUCCAAAAGAAGCUACCUCCUAAGCUUAAAGAUUCGGGUAGUUUCACCAUUCCUUGUACCAUAGGGAAUGUGGUUUUUGAGAAGGUACUCUGUGAUUUAGGGGCAAGUGUGAAUCUGAUGCCUCUAUCUAUAUAUCGAAAACUGAAAUUGGGGGAAGCAAGACCAACUAUUGUGACACUUCAAAUGGCAAAUCGUUCAGUCAAACAUCCUAGGGGUAUUAUUGAUGAUGUUCUAGUAAAGGUGGACAAACUUAUCUUCCCUGCAGAUUUCAUUAUUCUGGACAUGGAAGAAGAUACUAAUAUCCCAAUUAUUCUUCGAAGGCCAUUUUUAGCUACCGGUAGGGCGUUAAUCAAUGUUCAAAAUGGUGAGUUGAAGCUGUGA